AUGGCAAUGAAUUAUAUCAGCGUGCAGGCCAUUGUCCACCUCCACCACAAAGGAGCAAAAGAAUCCAACAAAAUACCUCCCCCUCUUUCAUGGAGCCAAAACCAGCAAUACAACCGGCCCAUUAACUUUGAAGGCUCUUCUGACCUUGUGGACCUUCAAUACCACAUGGGUCCUGUCCUUGCAUCUCCUAUCAACAUCUACAUAAUAUGGUAUGGUCUUUGGAACCCAAACCACAGGGCCACUAUAAGAGACUUCAUCUACUCUCUCUCUUCUUCUGCUCCAUAUCCUUCUGUUUCCGAUUGGUGGCGAACCAUCCAGCUCUAUACUGAUCAAACUGGCUCAAACAUUACCGGUAGUAUCAGCCUCUCAGAUGAAUUCUAUGACGAUAAAUACUCUCAGGGAAGGUACCUCACUCGUCUAUCAAUGCAAAACAUCAUAGAAAAUGCCGUCAGCUCACUCCCUCCUUUGCCUCUAAAUUAUCGCAAUGGUCUCUACUUGGUAUUGACAUCGUCAGAUGUUCAAGUCCAGGAAUUCUGCAGGGCAGUUUGUGGUUUUCACUACUUCACAUUCCCAGCCAUAGUUGGUGUCACAGUGCCCUAUGCAUGGGUUGGAUAUAGUGGCACUCAAUGCCCAGGCAUGUGUGCUUAUCCAUUUGCAUGGCCAAAUUACUCUGGAAAGCCACCUCCAAGCAGCAAUGGAGCCAACAAUAUAAUGAGUGCACCAAAUGGGGAUGCAGGUACUGAUGGAAUGAUCAGUGUGAUUGCACAUGAGCUAGCCGAGGUGUCGAGUAACCCGCUAGUGAACGCUUGGUAUGCCGGGGAUAACCCAACUGCGCCCACCGAGAUAGCUGAUUUGUGUGUGGGUGUCUAUGGGUCUGGGGGGGGUGGUGGCUUUGUGGGAGCAGUGUACAAGGACUCAUGGGGUAAUGGGUAUAAUGUGAAUGGGGUGAAAGGAAGGAGGUUUCUUGUGCAAUGGGUUUGGAACCCUGUGAAGGGGAGAUGCUUUGGCCCCAAUGCCAUGAACUAGAAAGUAAAAAAAAAAAUCAUGUAUAUGGUAAAUCUCAUGCUACUUGGUGCCCUAGAUAUCUCCAGAAAGGAAGAACGGUGCUGAAAGACACCAAAAUGGUAUGAGGUCGGUUGGGCGGAUCCGCGAAUUUGACUGCUUGCUGGGUUUGUGGUGUACUUUACUUUUGAUCAAGUUCAUGCUUUCCUUGUUCAAUUUAUAGCUAAUGUCCGUUUGCAGCAAGGAGCGGAAAAACAAUUGGUUACGCAGGACACUCGAAAACAGGAAAAAGUGGUGUAAAAUAAACGCAAAAUAAAGAUUUAAGUCAAGUUUGUGGAAUUAGGUGGUAGGGGA